CUCAAGAAACCGUAUUGGAUUUUCUGUCGAUGCUGUUCUUUUCUGAAUAUAUAUAUGUACGUAUACAUAGUCAAUGGUUUGUUUGAGUGAAGUGCGGCAGCCUACAGACCCGUGUACAGGAAGUUUAGCUGUCGCGCACAAACUUUCGACUCGUUUCAAGGUUCUCAGGGGAGAAGGGGGGAGAAGGGAGGAACAUUCAAGGGUAGCAGACGGGGUUUUUUUGAUAGGCAAGGAAGCGAGUUCAGUCUGCAGGACCGACCCUCAUCUCCAUCCUUCGGCAUCGGCCACAGAAAUCAACAAAGCCCAUGGUUCGGACGUCGUCGAGAUUCAAUCGGCUCAAGCAACUGGACGCAUAUGCGAAAACAUUGGACGACUUCCGAGUCAAGACCUCGGCUGGGGCAACAGUUACUCUAGCAUGCGCCCUCGUUAUCUUCAUCCUGGUCUUGGGCGAGUUGUCCGACUAUCGAUCGAUCCAUAUCGAGUCCUCGCUGGUGGUGGAUAACGGAAGCAAGGGAAAGAUGAGCAUUGAUUUUGAAAUCGAGUUCCCUAAGAUUCCUUGUUACAUCUUGACAAUGGACGUGAUGGAUGUCGCGGGUGCGCAUCAGGCAGACGUUUUGCACUCGAUCUACAAGAUCCAGUUGGCUCCGGAUGGUACGGAGGUCAAGCGGGAGAAGACGCAAGAACUGGGCAGUUCAGAACCGAACCUAAAGCCCGUUGAAAAAGACUAUUGUGGCACAUGCUACGGUGCCUUCAAACCCGAAAGCGGAUGUUGCAAUACCUGUGAGGACGUCCGUGAAGCCUACGCGCGCACAAAUUGGUCCUUCAACCACCCAGAAAGCAUCGAACAAUGUGUCCGAGAAGGUUACCUGGAAAGGAUCCAAGAACAAGCAGGUCAGGGCUGUAGACUACGGGGUCAAUUGACCGUCAACAAAGUCGCGGGGAAUUUCCAUGUCGCGCCCGGAAGGUCGUUCCAACGAGGGAGUGCACAUGUACAUGAUGUGCAACAGUACCUCGGUCAUCACGGAUUGGAUUUCUCACAUCAUAUCGCCUACCUCAGAUUCGGGGAGAAGGUGGCGACGACGACGCAUAAUCCGUUGGACGAUCGGACGGUGAAGGGCGAAAAUCCGGAGGGACUUUACAUGUAUCAGUAUUACUUGAAGAUCGUGGGGACGAGGUAUUAUUACCUUGAUAGGAGGCCGAUGUUCACGAAUCAGUAUUCGGUCACGCAGUUUAACAAGAACCUGCAAUACAAGGACGUGUUGGGACAGAUCCAGGCGCCGAAUGGACUUCCAGGCGUCUUUUUCAACUUCGACAUCUCACCGAUGCUUGUGAUUCAGAAAGAGGAGCGCAAGUCGUUCGCCUCCUUUUUGACGACAGUUUGCGCUACGGUUGGAGGUAUAUUUACGGUCGCCAGUAUUCUGGACGGAUUCAUCUGGCGAGCUGAAAGGAGAUUGAAGGCCAAGAGGGAUCUCGGCAAGGCGUUCUGAUCACUUUACUAGACUAAUGUGUCUAUAGAUAGAUAGACAGACAGACAGAUAGAGGCGCCCUGCCAUUGGUAUUAUUAUUAUUAUUAUUGCUCGCUAUUUAUUGAAAUGGA